UUGAUUUCCUCCUCGACCAGCCCAUUCAACUGACAGGCCUGCAUUCACUUCCUGACGUCUCACUGUAACUUUGUAGCUCGAAGACAACUAAGGUCAUUUCUUAUCAAAAAGUACUCGCAAUAGAUGCACAUAUAUCCGUCUGCCUUAAACUAAUGACCCAGCAAGAGCAGCAUGAGUUCAGGAAAAGAUUGGAGGAAGCCCUGUCCUGGAUGCAGGCCGUCCAGGAGAAGCUUAAACAAAAUGAUAACACCCAAGGGCCCAGAUCAGCGCUGGAGGCCAGGCUCAGAGAAACCGAGAAAAUCCAUAGUUCAGAGCCUGAAGGCAAUUUGAAGAUGGACAGGGUGCUUGUGGCAUCUGAAGCUUUGCUCCGAAAUGGAGACGAAGAGAUGAAGAAUCAGACUCAUUCAAAACUCAAAGAUCUGAAAGUGCUAUGGGAUGAGACUUUAACCUACAUAAUUCACUGCCACAGUCGUAUCGAAUGGGUGUGGCUGCACUGGAGUGAAUACCUGAAGGCCCAUGAGGAGUUUAGGAUGUGGCUGGAGAAGAUGCACAUGGCUCUGGAACCCUUGCUUGAGAUGCAGUUGGGUCUGCAGGAGAAACUUUGGCAGGUGGAUCAUCUACGGGUCCUGCACAGUGACAUCCAGGCCCAGGAUCAGUUUCUGGAGAGGCUCCUGGAUGAGGCUGCAGCCCUGUAUAACCGCACAGAAGAUGGCAGUAUAGAUGAGCAGGCUCAGCAGGGACUUCAAGAUGCCUACAACCACAUUCGAGAGCGAGCACAGGAGAGAUUGGGUUUAGCACAGAAAAUAGUAGAGGAGCACCAGCAAUACCAAAGUUGUGUUCAUAAAUUCCAAACCUGGCUGGUUUCUAAAACAGAGGAAGUCAGCCGUUUCAACGACAUGGAGGACACAACGCAGAAUAGACUCAAAGCCCUGAAGGAGCUGGACACCAGUAUAGCUAAAGAAGAGCUCACUCUCCAGCAUAUUGAAAGCUUGUCUGAGGUGGUGAAGACCAACACGUCUCCAGCAGGUGCAGAGAAGAUCACAAAAGAGAUGGAGGACUUGAGGCUGGCCUGGCAGAGAUUACGCCAGGCACUGGUGGAUAUUUAUGAAGAGCUCCAGAACUCGCUGGACUCUGAGAGCGAGUAUUCAAACCGUUGUAAGCAGCUGUGGUCAGAUCUUGCUCAGCUUCGAACCCUGGUCCAGACCCUCAGCAGUGAUUUGGAGAGUAGGGAUGAAGAGCGGACUGAGGAACACAUGGUUGCUCAAUGGAAGACGCACACGGGUGUACAUAAGAAGCUCGUCGCAGAGGAGCCCAGGGUGGAACAGUUGAAAUCCCGGUUGAAAGAGCUAUUCCGAUUCCCACAGGAUUCCAAAGCUCUAUCUGAUGAGAUGCUAGCAGUGGUUAAGGAAUACCAGAGUGUGAAGGGCAGAUCUUUCAGGUUGUCCUCUGAAAGUGAGACAGCUCUUCGGCAGAUACUGCAGGACCCUCUGUAUGGCUUCAGCCAGUGGAGUCAGACCGUUUCACAAGUUUUGGAGGCCUCUGCCGAUGUGACGGAAUUCUCCCAUAUCGCUCUGCUCGUGCAGAAUAUCGAGAAGUUUCUAAAAAACAGCGUGCAGCUGCAGGAGCGCUUGAGUUUGCUCCAGGUGAAGAGUGAUCUGCUCAGCUCUGUUUUUGGCCAGGAGAAAGCGGAUGAUCUGUUGGAGGAGCUCAGCGGGGAUAUGAGGAAGAGAGAGUUACUCCACAGCCAGCUCCAACAGCGCAAGAACCGCCUGCAGGGAUUGAUAUCAAAGACAAAGGAUUUUUCAGAUGCCUAUGACUCCAUACACAAAAAGCUGACCUCCAUAAAGGAUAGGUUCCUCACGGCGGAUGGACUACAACCUGACAUUCUUGCAAAGAAGAGCCAGGCAGACCAGCUCAGGGUCAUUAGGAGAGACUUGGAGGAUUGUGAGGCCCAUAUCAUAGCUCUUGAGACACUGGUGUCAUCCAGCCCUACGAACAGGACAAAGUUUGAGCGUCUGUAUGCAGACUGGAAAUUGCUUUAUAAGGCAGUUUGGAUGAAGGUAAAUGAAAGUGAAGAGAACAUUGCAGAACAUGAGAGUUUCCAUGACAAUAUUUUGAAUUUGGAGAAAUGGUUAAUGAUCAUGAGGCAGAAGCUGGAAUCAUUCCGUGGGCCCGAUGGAGAAUGGAGCAUCGAUAAUCGGCAACAUGAGGCUGAGAGGGCGCUAGGAGAGUUUCCACAGAAGGAACUCCAGCUUCAUCAGACUGAGGCUCAGGGUCAGACCGUGCUGGCCAGGACCUCUGAGGAGGGCAAAGUUCACAUCCUGCAGGACCUUAAACACCUCAGAGACUCCUGGAUGUCCCUCCACACGCUUAGUCUCAAUCUUUACAGGCUUUUAAAUGGACAUGCUGUCACCGGGGGGCAAGAUUCCCUUACGCACACAACUGAGCUCCUGGACAAAUGGGCAGAUAGGCACCAUGAGGGCUCAGGACCUGCAAGAGCAUCAAGCUCUGAAGUGGCUGCGGGUCCAGCCACAGGUGUUGAGGGAACAGGACAGCAUCGCCAUCAGAAGCUCGAUGGACAGUUCCACCAAGGAUCAGAACCAACAGGUCACCCGAAGUUGGAGAGGAACAUGGAAGCAACUCAGGGUCAGAUUCCAUUGGUGUUCCCUGAAAACAUCCCAAGACCAGGAGGUCCAGAGGUUUGGAGAAGAGAGAGGGGUUACCAUGACAUCUCCAUGGAAGAUGAAGUGGACACAGUAACUUCUGGAGGUUACUUGCUAAGGAAGAAUGAGACCAGGAGUGGUGGAAGGACUGGGGAAUGGGUUGAAGAACACAUGGGCGGUUCUGGGAUUGAAGAUUUGGACAUGCAAGGCAGAUAUGGCUUUUUUAGUGGAGUUCAAUCUGAUCAUGCACAGAGAAGGAUAAGGCCAUCUUCAAUCCCACCUAAUGAGACCACUGUGACUUAUGACUCUAUUGGUGGCACUCAGAUGGGCUCUCAGGGGCCCCAGCUUCAUACUGACACGGUGGCCCUUUGGAGGGAAUUUGAAGUGUGGCUUCACAAAGAAAAUAACAAACUUAAAGGAAUUCUGAACAACCAAAGGGCCCUGAGCGACAAAGAACUGAGGAUAAGACAGAAUACACUCAAGGGUUUACAUGCCAAUGUAGCCUGGGGUCAGACACAGUUCCAGAAGUUGAAGGCUGCUCGGCAGAAUAAUCUAGCAGAAGAGGAUGUGGAACUAGAGGAGUUGCGAUAUCGAUGGAUGUUAUAUAAGUCCAAACUGAAAGAGGUUGGAGACCUCAGAGAUUUUGUGAAAUGCAAGGGUGGCACUGCACAAGAGGAGGAGCAUGUACGAGCUGGAAAGCAGAGCAGCGGUCCCGGGUUCCUGUACCGCGUAUGUCGCGUGGCUCUUCCUCUCCAGCUCCUGCUAUUGGCCUUGCUGCUGCUGGCCUUCCUGCUGCCUAUGAUGGAUGAGGGCACCAGCUGCUCGCUGUCCAACAACUUUGCUCGCUCUUUUAACAUCAUGCUGCGCUACAAUGGACCACCGCCCACUUAAGCAUAGAUGCAAUGGGUACUCAGGCCGCAUGGUCAAAAAACCCAAAACAAAACAAGCUUUUCCUUUAAGACAGCAAUUUGUGGUUGUGUUCAUGUAACAUGGUUGCUUAUAUAUUUUUAUCAUUGUUCCGUUAUAUGUCAUUUUUUAUCGUUGUUCUUUUUAAUGUUUAUUUUUGGUUCUCUGCUUGUUUCAGUCCACAGUACACCCACUAGUUGACCCAGCACAUAAGAAAAUGUGUGUUUGUGUGAGAGAGUGAAAAUGUUAGAGUGGGUGGAUGGCAUAGACACUCGCAACCUGCUCUUAAUGACUCAAGCAGUUAAUUUCUCUACAAGCAUUUGGAGAAACCAAACAGCCUUUAUAAAGUGCAAAACUCCAUGAAAGACGUUUCUACUCAGGAACCAUUUCAAAUCACAUACGUUUUUAUGUUCAUUCAUUUUUGUAUCUACUUAAUGCCGAUAAAAAGUCAUUUUUGUGUGGUAUGUCUUACGCAAUUAAAGGGACAGUUCAUCCAAAAAUGAAAAUUAUGUUCUCAUUUGCUCAUUUCAUUCCAUAUCUGUGACUUGAUUUCUCAGUCCUUAAAAUGCUGCCUAACAUCUGCUUUUGUGUUCCACAGAUGAAAGAAAGUCAUACAGUUUUGGAAUGAAAAGGAGUGUGAGUAAAGAUAACAGAAUUGUUGUUAUUGGGUGAACUAUAUCAGAAUAGACGUGUUCUUUAAACAGUUUUUGGAAAUCAGAUUUUUGAAGGCACAGAUUAUAGGGUAAAAAUAGCCCUGUUUGGGGAAAAUUUCCUUUAUUGAAAAUAAUUUGUAAACUCUGUGACCUUCCUGGUUUUUUUUUUUUUUUUUUUUUUUGCAACAGUGUCUCAGCUGGGAGUUCUUAGGGCGCAUUUGUUCUAAAAUCAUUAGAUGUCGAGUUCAGUGUUUAUUUAGAAUCGGAGGCAAUUUGCAUGGCUUUAAGCUAUGUAGUUCAGGACAGUAGUAUUGCAUAUACAAGCACCGUACAGCUUUUAUCCUGUAGCAAAAUGGAAACUGUUUAGUGCCCUUUUAAUAAUCUUAUUGAGAACUCUAUAUCUUAAAACAAAACUGCUAUAUUAAGAUUGUCAUUUUCGUCAAAGGAAUAAUUACACCAAAAAUGAUAAUUUUAUCAUAAUUUACUAUCCCCACUUAAACUCAAAUGACUUUCUUUUCUUCUGUGGAACACAAAGAUAUUUUUGUCCAUGCGAUGCAAGUCAAUGAGGUCCAACACUUUCAAGCUCCAAAAAGGACUUAAAGGCAGCAUAAAGGUAAUCCAUACAACUUGAGUAGUUUAAUCCAUGUCUUCUGAAGUGAUACGAUUGUUUUGGUGGAGAAAACCAAGAACGCAUCGGCACAUGCGUCAAGUAUGGGGAAGUGUACUCAAGCUUCAAAUUAUGAUCACCGAGGAAACUGCAUAUGGCAAGAUUUAUAUUGAAAAAGGAGUUACAUUUUAGUCUGUCUCUCACCAAAAACUGAUCAUAUUUCUUCAGAAGACAUGGGUUAAACCACUCAAGUUGUAUGGAUUACCUUUUUUUGCUGCCUUUAUGUCCUUUUUGAAGCAUAAAUGUGUUAGACCCCGUUAACUUGCAUUGUAUGGAGACACAUCAUACAUCUAUGAAAAUAUAUUUGUUUGUGUUCAGAAGAAAGUUAGUUUAAGACUGCAAAAGGGUGAGUAAAUGAUGAGAGAAUUAUCACUUUUAGCCGAACUAUUCCUUUAAUAUGUCAUGCACUAUAUCAUGUUAAAUUCAUAUAACAAAAAUGCAUGCCAAAGAGAGAGACAACCCAAAAUAUGCUGCAAUUCUUUAAACUGUUGCACUGCUAUAUCGUUUGUAUUUCAUCUCUUAAGUCAAUGCAAACUCUUUACAGAUAUAAACAAAUGUCAUCAAUGAUACUGUAUGUAAAUCAAGAUGACAAAUGCUGUACUGGUAAACUGUAUAAAAUGUGGUUAAAAGAAUCAGCGCAAAUGCUUCUUAAAUGUAUGCUAAAAUAUCUAGAAAAUUUACAGCACUGUGUGCAUGGAAAGAGCUUUUCUCAUAGGAAAAUUUUGAUUUGAAAAAUACUGGAAAUAAUUUCAAAAACUUAAUUCAAGAUGGUUGCUUUACAGCAUGUAGAAAUUAUAGUUAUCUUUUUUCUAAUAACCUUGUUUUAAGGUAAAAGUAGCUUUCAGAUGCAUUAAAGGUUAAUAUAGGACAAUGUAUUAAUGAAAAAAAGGUUAAAAUAUUUAUUUUAUUACAAUAUUUUGGAUCAAACUCUUAUAUUGUAUCUUUAAACCUCAUAUAUAUUGCAUGAAAGUUUAAUAUAGGACAAUGUAUUCAUGAAAAAAAAAAGGUUAAAACAUUUAUUUUAUUACAUUAUUUUGGAUCAAACUCUUAUAUUGUAUCUUUAAACCUCAUAUAUAUAUACUGUGUAUAUGUAUGUGUAUAUAUAUAUACAUAUAUAAUAUAUAUAUAUAUAUAUAUAUAUAUAUAUAUACACACACACACACAUAUUAACAGUAUUUUUGUAUUUUACUCUGGGCAAUAAACAUGCAGUGCAUUUUCAGUAUGUGAUCUGCUUGUGUUUCUUCUGUCACUAUGGACUUUAAAUUGAAUGUUAGAUAAUGCGUAGCUCAAUAUCAAGAUAAUCUUUAGCUGGAAAUGUAUCUGUUUGCGUGCUCACAGCAUUAGACCAAAGUGGAAAUGAUUUAGCGAAAUGCACGACAAUGAAUACUGAUAAUGCAACACAAAACCAGCGUGCAGGUGUGAAGAAACUUCACGAAAUGGAGCACAGCUAGGUUUUACCUAGCGAUAGGGGCCACGUAAAGAUAUUACAUGGGCCUUAGGUUGAGGUUUUGCAUUUGAUUUGAUAUGGUUAGUUAGAAACCAGAAGGUAUAUCAAGGUAUAUAUCAAAUAUUUAGUUUCUUAAGUAACUAGGUGUUUAAGAACCACAAUAGCUUUAGUUAAAAAAAUAGCAGUUGAUUGUUUUUUUGCAUAGUUCUGUCAUCAUUUCUUCAUUGCCUAAGCAACGGGCAAAGCUACGUUCACUGCCUGAGUUUCAUUUUCCAUUUAAUUUAGGUCGCUAUUGCCAAAGGGAAACUAGAUCUAAUUGGAGGAUAUUGCCCUGUGAAAACAACAUAUUUGUAAAAUAAACAAGACUGCAGAGUCACUGUUAGACUGUACUGGUACAUGUUUUGUUUAAACAUUGGUCAUAGUGAAGUCAAUUUAUUGACGUAGUUGCUGUGGAGUCAGGUGAUUAUUUGCCUUCAAGGUGUGUGUAUAUGUGAACUCGCGCAUAUUGGGCACCAAGAUAGUUCUGUAUUUAUCUGAAAAUUCUGUCAUUUACUCACCCUCAUGUUGUCCCAAAUCCAUGUGACUUCCUUCCAUGGAAUACAAGUAGAAAUGUUAGUCAGAAUGUAUUACAGAAUUCCACUGAAAAAAAAUAAUAAAAAAUAAAAGAUGCAAUGAAAGUGAUUGGUGACUGAGACUAAAAUUUUAUCUUGCCUGUCUUUUUGUGUUCCACAAAUGAAAGUAAAUCAUACGGUUUAUAACAGCCUGAGGGUGAGUAAAUGAUGACAAAAUUUUCAUUUUUGGGUGAACUAUCCCUUUAAUGUUAUGGCCCACUCACUUCAAGCACUUGCGUGGCCUGAUUUAUUCAAAUAGGAUUCCUAUGAGAGAGAACGAGUUGGAUCCAUCCAACACAAUCGCCCACAAGUGCAGCGACGUGCACAACCAACAGAUUUCACACGGCUGUUUCUGUGUUACAUGCGUCGCAACCAACAGAUUUCACAUGGCUGUUUCUGUGUUACAUGCAUCGUAACCAACAGAUUUCACACGGCUGUUUCCGUGUGCUGUUUCUGUGUUACAUGCAUCUCACUACAGACCCAAUCAUGUUUGUUUGAUGAUGCUUAGAAAUUCUGGAGCACUGAGCCAGAUCAUGGCACAUGGACUCAUAAGACACAUUUUGAAUGAGCAGAAAUGUGCCAUUCAGGUGAAAGUAAUGGAGUUUGAAUAAUACAGUAAUCCCUUAUCCAGGUUCAUUUUGUUGGCGAGUAAGGAUGAAACUCAAGCACAAUCUCUGUAACCCUGACACGAUCUCCACCCUUUACAAUCAAACAUAAUUUAAAAACACACACUGACACAUUAACCAAAAACCAAUAAAAAGGACCUUUAACCUCUAAAACUAGAGGCGAUUUCUUAUAGGAAUGUAGAAGAAAUCAGCUAAGACAAGAAAAAUAGGUUAGACUUGUUUACGUUUUUUAACAUGGCAAAUUGCAUUGCCUCAUCAAUCUAGAGUGAUAACCUUGUUCAGUUGCUGUUUACAUAUCAUAACUAUGAUCAUAUAUGAUAAACUAUCAUAAUUAUCAUACAUAUGCACUGUAAAUUCUGUUUUUAAACCUUGGUACAAAUUACAAUCACAGUAAAUCAUACUCCGGAU